CCAUAGUCUUGAGAAAAUGGCGUCGCGGCGUGUGCUCCCAGACGAUUUAAGAAAUGUUGAAUUUGAAACAAGUGAAGAUGUCGACGUUACACCUACAUUUGAUAAUAUGGGUCUUAGAGAAGAGUUGUUGAGGGGUGUAUAUGCUUAUGGUUUUGAAAAACCGUCAGCUAUUCAACAGAGAGCUGUAAAGCCAAUAGUGAAAGGUCGAGAUGUUAUUGCACAGGCACAGUCUGGAACUGGUAAAACGGCCACAUUUUCCAUCAGUAUCCUUCAGUGCCUUGACACACAGGUGCGGGAGACACAAGCCCUUAUUCUCUCACCCACGAGGGAGCUUGCAACUCAAAUCCAGAAGGUUAUCCUUGCCCUUGGAGAUUACAUGAAUGUGCAGUGUCAUUCAUGUAUCGGAGGUACAAAUAUCGGUGAAGACAUUCGUAAACUGGACUACGGACAGCAUGUGGUUUCUGGAACACCAGGCAGAGUCUUUGAUAUGAUCAGGAGGAGGAAUCUUCGCACAAGAUCUAUAAAAAUGUUGAUUCUUGAUGAAGCUGAUGAAAUGUUAAACAAGGGAUUCAAAGAGCAAAUCUAUGAUGUGUAUCGGUACCUGCCACCAGCAACCCAAGUACUUCUCAUCUCUGCUACACUUCCUCACGAGAUCCUGGAGAUGACCAGCAAGUUCAUGACAGACCCAAUCAGAAUCCUGGUCAAACGUGAUGAGUUGACCUUGGAAGGCAUCAAGCAGUUCUUCGUGGCAGUAGAGAGAGAGGAGUGGAAGUUUGACACCCUGUGUGAUCUGUACGACACCCUCACCAUCACACAGGCAGUCAUCUUCUGUAACACCAAGAGAAAGGUAGACUGGCUGACUGAGAAGAUGAGGGAGGCCAACUUCACUGUGUCAUCCAUGCAUGGUGACAUGCCACAGAAAGAGAGAGAUUCCAUCAUGAAGGAGUUCAGAUCAGGAUCCAGUCGCGUCCUCAUCACAACUGAUGUUUGGGCUCGAGGUAUUGAUGUUCAGCAGGUGUCUCUCGUCAUCAACUAUGAUCUGCCAAACAACAGAGAAUUGUACAUUCACAGAAUCGGCCGAUCAGGUAGAUUUGGAAGGAAAGGUGUGGCCAUCAACUUUGUAAAGAAUGACGACAUCAGAAUUCUGAGAGAUAUUGAACAGUACUACUCAACACAAAUUGAUGAAAUGCCCAUGAAUGUUGCUGAUCUGAUCUAAGAAAGAGGGUGUGGAGAGAGAAAAAACUAUUGUGAAGUGACAAUAAUAGACACUGUGUUCAGACAAACCAAACAUCUGUGAAAGACAGAUAGCUGUACUUAGCUGCAAACCACCAGUCAUCUUUGUCAGUGAAUCAACAGUGCUCACCUGAAGACUGCAGUGGAAGUGGUACACAACAGACAGACACUUCAGCUGUGGAGCUAUCACCGCAGGAAAGCCAUGCUUUGUUUUAGUGGGAUAACUGCAGUUUGAGAAAUAAUUUGUUUAUCAUUGAAAGGGUUUUGUGACAUUUACUGAUGCAGCUGUAACCUGUGGGUCAUCUGUAUAUCUUAUUUAGGUGUAAGUUACUAGUUAUUUUAACAACCUUCAUUCUGUAAGAUCAUGCUCAUUGUAAAUACAUGCUUCCUUAUUAUUAAAUAAUUAUUUUUUUCAUUGAUCAUGUCUUUAAAAAGUCCAUUUUGUCUUAAAUGUGAAUAAAAUUCAGACUUGUA